AUUAUAUUUAUUUAUUUUUCUUCCAGGCUUUCAAGAAUGGCGAAUUUACCUUGAACGCAACUGAAGAAGCGGUCUGACCCGUACCCGUCUUCAAGAUACCAGAUCCAGCAAUGGAGACCUAGGACGGCCAGGAAGGAACACCGGAAACCCCCGUCUGUCUUGUCCAUUUCAGACAAUCCUUCGACCUUCCCCCAUUCCCCUCUUUCUAUUCCUUCCCUGCUUCCUCUUUUUUAUUCGUUUUUCCCCACCUCCGCCCAUCUACUCCCUCCGAAUCUCUCCUUCCUUCCUUAAUUCCUUCCUGCUCAGCGCAAAAGUAUCUCCCUCCUUACCUCUAGGAGUUCAACAUGGAGUCUUUCGCUAGCGUCGAGCUCGAGGAUUAUUUCAAUGAAGUCCGGGCCGUCAGUCGUAGGACGUCGCAGUCUAAUUCGCAGUCUGAAGAGGAAGUCCGGAGCCACGAGGAUGACGGCGAGUCCGACGAGCACUUCCUGGAGGAGCUGGGGAUCCCCGUCAAGCAGGACUCGGAGCUCUCGGAGGACAACGUCACCUACAGCAAGUUCAUGGGCACGCUCAACCCCCUGCAGGAGGAAGCCCUGAAGCGCCGCGUCCGCACCCUCAACGCCACCAUCAGGCGCAAGAAGCAGCGCCAGAAGCCCGACAUCAGGAACUUCUUCGCCAACACUGACAACUCGAGCACGGGCACGCGCAGCCGCAGCGCCACCCCGGACUCGCUGGACUCGGUCUCGCCCCCGCGCACGCCGCCGGACCCACACCCGAAGUCCUGGGUCGACCCGUACCUCAGCCGGUCCCGCGGGUCGCUCGACUCGGGGAACCACUCCCUGGUCACUUCCCCCUCGGUCAUCACCUCCCCGACGCCCUUCACGCUUGGGUCAAUGUGCGUUUUGCCGGGGGUGGCCGAUGCAGGGUAUAUCAUAUAG